CAGACUCAUGCAUACAGUGCUCUCAUACCCCAUCACAUCUCACAUUGGCUUUCUAGACUGACAAUUCACUAGGGACAGUUCGAAAAUGGAGGCAGUCAUGGAUGCCAUGCAGGGCUAUGGGGUGAGCACCACUAAUUACCUUCAGACCAACUAUAAGGACGCCCAGGGUUUGUUCCUGUGGGUGUCCUGGGCUGCUGACCUCAGGAACACCUUCUUCAUCUUCUUCCCCCUCUGGUUCCACCUGCGGGAGUCAGUGGGCAUCAAGCUCAUCUGGGUGGCAGUGAUCGGCGACUGGCUCAACCUGGUCUUCAAGUGGAUUCUGUUUGGCGAGAGGCCGUAUUGGUGGGUCCAUGAAACACCUUACUACAGCAAUACCACUGCACCUCACAUUGAACAGUAUCCAAUGACCUGUGAAACUGGCCCAGGCAGUCCUUCUGGCCACGCUAUGGGAGCUGCAGGCGUCUACUACACACUGGUUACCUCCAUUCUAGCCAUCAUGCUGACCAAGAAUAAGAUGGGAUCUUCCUCCAAGGGCCUGUAUCUACGGGGCACUCUGUGGGCGUUCUUCUGGGCGGUCCAGGUCUGUGUGUGUCUCUCCAGAGUCUUCAUUGCUGCCCACUUCCCCCACCAAGUCAUCUGUGGAGUAAUCACAGGUAUGGUUGUGGCCGAGGCGUUCAACAGAACCCAGUGGAUCUACGGAGCCAGUCUGAAGAAGUACUUCUACACCACCCUCUUUCUGCUCUCCAUCGCUGUGGGCUUCUACGUGCUGCUGAAGGCUCUAGGCGUGGACCUGCUAUGGACCCUGGAGAAAGCCCAGAAGUGGUGUGUGAGAGCCGAGUGGGUCCACAUGGACUCCACUCCCUUCGCCAGCCUCCUGCGUAACAUGGGCACACUGUUUGGCCUGGGCCUGGGCCUGCACUCGCCCCUCUACACCGAGAGCAAGAACAUCAGCGGCACCACCCUCUUUAGGACGGGAUGUAUCGUCACCUCGCUGCUCCUGCUGCACCUCUUUGACUCCUUCAAGCCCCCCACGCAUACUGCCGCUGUCUUCUACCUGCUGUCUUUCUGUAAGAGCGCCACUGUCCCCCUGGCAACCGUCAGCAUCAUCCCCUACUGCGUGUCUGGAGCUCUGAGCAGCGUACAGAGCAAGAAGUAUUUGUGAGGUCGUUGGCGGCCGACAUGCACAUAGUCUCGUGUAUUCGGAUAUGACUCCAGAAUUGAACCGUGCUGUAAUCCUUAAUCAUUCCAUGCAUUGACUUUCUUCCCAAACUGCCCAAGCGAUCAACAAGCCAUUGUGGUCUUUGUCUAACCUACUUUCAUCCAGUCACCCACUGUAAAGGUCUUAUUUUCUUAUCUACACACAGUGUGAACACUAUAAUGAAAGGAUUAUCCAGUGAAUUACUCAGUGGCACUUUAGACACUGUGGUUUGAUUGUAUCAAAACUGAUCAUUUAUAAUUAGUUCAGUUGCGAACUCAGGAGUCCAGAAAGUUAAUGUUCCUGUUUUGAAACGAGAUAAAGCCAAAUCAAAUCCAGGAGAAAGAGCCCAUAAGCUCUCUCAGGGACUUUAGUGGCCUGCUUUACAGUGCGUUCUAAGAAUAUGUUAUACAUGAAUAACUUUGUUAAUAUUUUUUUUGUAACUGUAUUUUUCCUGUUUUAAUAUAUUUUUAGAAAUUCUGUCAUAUUUAUAAUAAAAAUCUUUAAAAUAUAUCACUGACUAUGUUCUAACACUAGUAUGCAUAUAUUUAGGGAUUGGUUCAGACACAUGGUUCUACAUUCAGUUUUUAAAUGUUGCCUAUCAUUAAUGACAUGUUACUGAUAAACUAUCAGCAAGUCCACAACACUUUGAAACUGCAGCAGUGGUAAAACUAAAAUCAUCACACUAUCAGUGACAUGCGUCUACAAAACAAGUACACAUUGUAAAAAAAUAUACUAUUUGUACAGUACAUAUAAACAGAGCCAAACCAGUGGUCAUCAACCCUAUAUGGAGCCCUGGACUUUAGCCUCAUGCUCACUGAUAAUCACUGAUGACAUAGGUCCACACGUCACACAGCCGUCACUCCCUGCAAGUACUUAGAACAGACGGCCUUGGCUGAACCAUCAAUAUUUGACUGCCGGGUUUUUAAUCUAUAGAGUCUGGCCUGCUUUUUGUUAUGCAUUUGGUUAUGUAUUUGCUAGCCUCAAAGCAGACAC